AUGCCGCCCAGACGAAGUUCUCGCAUCAACAGAAGCGCCAGUGAGGAGCUCACAGACGACCCGUCUGGAUCCAUGUUCACUGGCGCCGCUGUUCAGACCAAUCUCCCGCCCAUUCCGUCACGCUUCAGCACAGCAUACGGCUCCGAUGUCACACCGCCGCGUGUCUUGGGUGCCAGGAGAGGCGAACAACGCUCUAUUCUGAAUGUCAUCGAUGAUAUCCUUGACGCUGAUGAGAGCGACGAUCUCGGUGCAGACGUGGUAGUGGACGAGCCUGAACCUACUCCGAAGCCGGUUCAGAAACGCUCCACGCGCCAACCUGCACCACGAUCUUCCGCGCCACCAACAGCACCAGGCCAAGCAAGCACCUCUGCACCAGUACCAGCACAAGUUCAGGCUUCCACGUCAACAUCGAAGCGCACCGGUCCAGAAAACCUCAUCACACCAUCCAAAGCCAAGAGUCGCGGGCCUAUUCGCGCCAACGCACCUACCCCGCAACGUUUGGCUGGCCAUCUUAUGCCCGUUGCGCCGACAGUCACGCCACAUAGAGGCAUACUUGCCGGUUCUGGUGAUCUGCCAGGAAGCAGCGCCCCAACCUCUAAUCCUGUCCCUCAAGUACCACCUACGAGCAGCCCUUUUGGACGCACUCCCGGGAUUGAUCAAGAUCCUCGAAAGUUCUUCGGAGGCACAAACACGCCAGGUUCCUCGGUUCUCACGUACGGCGAGGAGGUAUCGUUGUUCGGGGCUGGAGGAGUAUCCCACGGCGGGUCUUCCCAAGCAAGCCCGACGCCUGCUCGCAACCUGCAGGCCCAUCCCGGCUCACAUAAUAAUAAAACUCCGACAAGCAGCCUUGCCAACCUCUACCCAAAUCUGCCGGCCACGACUAGUGGUAUCACAGCGGAUCAUGCCUCGCAGGUUUCAAAUCCUCCUAUACUCAUGCCGUCUUCGGUGAAGAAUACUGCGACACAUUCAACCCGACCUGGGGAAAGUGGGCUUCAAACUGAGGGAGCGCCUGCGUCCAACCCUCCCUCAUCAGCCAGGGCCUCACUAAAAAACCCGGCAACAGCACCGAAGGGAAACGUUGGGAGCUCCACAAAUUUCCCUUUAGCACCAGCACCCAGGGCGUCAAGUGAAUCCAGAGAGUCGCCAGAUGAACUCGCCGCCAACAUGACGACGUCGAAAGAGCAGCAUGAUACUGCGCCUCAUGGAAUUGAGACAACUGUACUGCCUGCGGCAACGCGUGCGCCUGCGGGAAAGAAGGCCCUCAAAACCAAGCCAGUGGUACAGCAAAAGAAUGUUGCGCCCAAGAAGCCUGUCAAGAAACAUCAAUCUGGCCCAAUUCCUGCAACGUCGAAGCCCCCGCCUCAGGACCCCCUCAUAGUUCAGGCUAGGAAGAACACAACGGCCGGGAUACCUGCUCGGCAAGCUCAACCUGCGCCAUUGCGAACAAGACAGGCCUCCUCUCUUUCGAAUCAAGUGUCUCGGAAACCCCACGCCCACACUCACGAUGUCGAUACCGAGUUGGAACUCACAGAUGAGAGUUUUGAAGAUGAGAACCCUCAGACAUGGGCAACAUGGUGGAGUUCGCUAUCUCAAUGGUUUCAACCCCGCAGAGAAGCUGACACCGAAGACGAUGACGCCGUUGGCAGUGACAAAGACAACGAGUCAUUAUUGCGCGAUGAUGCAGAGCCGGCCUCGACGUCUGCAUUAGAGUGGUUGUGGCACUGCUUAUCAUGGUACUUCACAGCUUGCUUUUCAUGGCUGCAUCAAGUCUAUUCAUCGCUCCGACGUGCAGUCUCUCGGGCCACACGAUUCGCGCUACACACUUCCUUCAAGUGGAUACUACUCGGCCUGGGUUCUUUGGCUGUCGCCAUGUUUUUACACUCUGUCUUGUCUCCAUCUCCUUUGGUAGACGGCAUUUGGGAGAAUGACCGCGAAAGCACACGGCUUCCCUUCUAUUGGCAUGGGUGGAGUCUCUCGGACAUGACUUGGAAUUUGGGACAAUUCCUUCCGCUCGCUCUUGCUCGUCCAUCGACGCUCUUCGCAUCGGAGGAUGCGAGAGCAUACGAGGAAAAGCUCCGCAGUUUCAGCCACGAGAUGCAUCAUCUCAAGGCUUCGAAGGAUCUACACGAUGUGUCACUCGCCAAGCUCGAGUCCUUACUCCCGAAGAUCAUCCACCUCGAGCUUGGCCAAAAUGGAAAGCCACGCAUUGCUUCUGAAUUCUACUAUGCUCUUCGCGAGUUGAUGAAAAGAGACAAUGAAGUGUUCACCUUCGAGGCGGACAAGGCCGGUUACGUCCACAUCCCCGACGCCCACUGGCAGGCAAUCAAGAGCAAGGCGAAUAGCGAAAGCUACUUGGUCACAGAGAGCAAGACACAAGAACCAGCUCUCUCACGUGCUGAAAUCCAGCAGAUGAUCAAGUCUGACACGCCAAAUGCCUGGACUGAAUGGGCAAAGAGCAACAGGCAGAAAGUGGCCGAUGUUGUCAAGAACCACCUGCCGUCAUCCGAGCCGCCCUCGAGUGGGUCUGGCGCGUUGCCCGCAGACUUGGAUGACCGCAUCGAGGAGGUUGCUCUACAGCAUAUUGCUCGACAAAUCGCGGAUGAGAACACCAGUCUGGUGACGCGUCGGAACUUCAUGUUCCUCAUCAAAGAAGAGUUCGCCAAAGAUCACGGCCACAUCAGUAACGAAGCGCUCGUGCUCAAGGACCAGGCAAAGGCAUAUGUGGAGGGUCUUCUCAGAACAAGCCUCGAAAACAACCGUGCUCUCAUGGGCCUGUCUCGGGACGAGGUCCUCCAUCUGGUGAACAGCCAAAUCCGUAAGGUCAUUGCAGACGCCGGUAUCAAGGCUUUCGCAGAUGGCAAGAUUGCCGCCGAGUGGGAUCACGACCUUCGAGAGCGGGUCAACUUUUUGAACCCCAAUCUCGGUGCCGUUGUCAGCCCGGACACAACACCCACGCACAAGCUUCGAGGGUCCAGGCGCUCCUCGGAUGGACAGACGCCGGGGACUGUUGGUGUGGCAGCACAACAUACAGCCACGAGGGGACGCCACAGGGCGUCGCUCUCAAUGUCAUUCUCGGACACCGCAUCAAGCCCGAGUACCUUGUCAUUGACCACAUUCUGCCCGGUGCGACGCUGGCGCCGGCUGCGCGACCCCGACAGAUUGAGCUCUGGGUGA